AUGGACGUUAAGGUUGCGCGAACUGAAAAGCCUUCAUACUAUGGAGGAGAUAAAUUCGAUGCAGAUGACGAAGAAUCCCAGAAACUAUAUAUUAAUGAUUGUCGACAGAAGCAGGCAGCACUGUACUCUCCUUUUUUAUUCAAGUCCACAUCAGCACAGCUUCUACUCAUGCCUCCCGAUUCAAGCGAACUUCUUGUCAUGAGUGGCCAAAGUCGUAUUCAUCUGUAUAUACGAGAAAAUCCAAAUGAAUUUCUAAAGAAUUGUGAAAACUCAGGUGAUUCGAGUCAUCAAGGUGUUGCAAAUCCCUCUGAAGUUGAUCUUGUUGUUUGUAAAUUGAGUAAUGUUUCUAUCCCUCGUUUUCCUCAAACUUUAACAUGUGAAGCCUCUUUAUUCCGUUCACAUGGACUACCCUUACUAGUAUGGCCCAAGUCACUUGACAAGGCAUAUAUUCAAAAGUAUUUAGAUGACAACUACCCAGAUUGCGGCUGUUGGUUUCGUGAACUGGAUAAAGUUAUUGGAUGGUUAGAACAGAAAUGGCGACCAUUAACCCGGAACUUGGGAAUUACUGGUACCGACGCAACUACUGAUGGUAUUAACCUGGAGAAAAGUUCGUGUAUACGCGGUUUCCCAGAACAAUGUGUUGCAAUGCUUUACUUGAGGAAAAGAUCAAUGCAGUACGAAAGGUAUGCUAGUCUACUACAGUCUUACUUUACUCAUCGUCUACAGUAUACUCCAGCCUUUCAUCAUAAUUCUAUACAUCGGGAACUUGUAGAACAUCACAAAGAAAGACUUAGCUGCCUAGCUGAAGAUGCUGGAUUUUUUAAUGUAGUUGGGAAUCGUCUUAUUCAGCUAAUCAAUAAAGCUUUAUCGACUGGAAAGACGCUUACUCUCAAUGUAAAUAACUUCACUUCAAGUAUUAGUGAUCCAGUUGUAAAGGAACAAUGCUUACAUGCUUUGCUACCUAAAAAUGAAGUGAAAAAUAUCAAACAAAAGAUAAGUAUGACAACAAAAAGUCUCCGUACUACAGAUCACUAUGAUAGUGAUGCCAGGUUGUCUACAAUAUGACCAGUGUCCAAUAGAUGACGAGCAAUCGCAGUGUUUAAUGCUUGCGGACCUUUCAGUCUCAGGUUCUUCGGUAUGUGUUCUUAAAUGCGAACACUAACCCUUCUCUUUGUUCUUCCAAUGUAUGUGCUUUGGCACGUACAUGUAAAUUGGUAGACAGUUGGAGGUUAUAUGAGGUGGGUGUUUGUCCACUUUUGAUUGUCGCAAACAAUUAGUUGUUUGAUAAACACAUACAAGCUUGGCCGCUGGAUAUGUUCUCUUCAGGGCAGCGUUCAGUCUGCAUCUUAUUCUACUACCAGUAUCAUCACCUUUGAAUGCAAGCUGCAGAAAGUGACAUUUCUGGUCAUCUGUCUGAUGGUGACAAUACUGAGUCAGAGUAUGAUGAGGAGGAAUCACUAACAUCGGAUACAAAAAAAACAGUUAAUACGGAUGCAGUUAAACAAACUUCCAGUGAUUUACCGAAUCGACCAAUAAGUAAAGAGGUUAGUUGAUGAAGUCUGCGCACUUUUUUUUGUCACUUUUUUCUAUGCAAUUCUCUUUUAAAUUCUGUAUAUAGUUGUAUAUUCACAAACUCCAUAUGAUUGGUAACUAUUUGUUUGUUUGUUUGUCUUGAGCACCAUAUUUCUUACAUUUUUGAACUUUUCAAUUAGGACAGACAGCUAAACUGUUUGGUUUUAUAUGAGAUAGUUGAUGAAUAUUCAAUCUGAUCUGUAAAGAGUGUAAAGUCUCGUAGAAAUUCCUGAGUUCGAAACCAACAAGAACAACUGCAUAUAACAUCUAUGAUAAUUAUAAUACUUAUCAUGGAAUGUCCAAUGUAGUAAAUCGAUCAUAUUUAGUGGAGAACUGAGGAAAUAAAAUAACUUUAAGUUGUACUAUUUCAAUGUUUAUACAUGCCCUUUUUCAAAUAUGAAAUCUUGAAGUUGUCGUGAUAUCUGUCAGAAUAAAAUACAGAGGACUUAGCAUGAAAUUGCACCAUCUGAACUGACCACACAAAAGAAAGAGGUUAUAUUUGAUUUUUUCAUUUUUGAUUUUUUUUUGAUUUUUGAUUUACAGCUUGAUUCC